GAGAUGACCUGUGAUUGUUAGGAUCAUCUACAUCUAGACGGCACAUGGAGAGUGGAGAGACAAGCAUACACAAACACCCCCAAUAUCAAAUAAGAGAACCUUUGGCUUGGGAGUCGAAGAUACGGGUGCCAUGGCGUCGAUUUCGUCAAGGAUGUAUUCGACGGGAAUCUCUUCUGGUUCCAUUUGCAACUAUCAGGAGUUUACAAGACAAACCGCUGACUGAUUAUGUAUGGACAGGCAUCACCGACCACACCUACCCUUUGACAACACCGGCAUGGAAGCUGAAAGCCGGAGCCGACGAAGUGAACCUCGGCUUCGGUCUGGGGUUGGGUUUGGAGAACAGAUGACAUAAGCGGACUUGGAUGGAAGGGCUGAACUGCGCCCAGGGUUAGGGUCCCAAGCCCCUUAUGGCCUGCCCCACCUUCGUCACCCAACGCAGUUUCGCACACGCCCUACUCUGGAAAGCUGUGGGGCCAAAUUUUGCGCCCACAAAUGCUUGCCGUCGUGGAAUAAUCCAACCUCCCCUCCCACUUGUCGACAAACCCCGAGCCCUGUGAGUAUCGCAUCGCCCAGCGAAACAACAGUCAAAAUGGCCUUCCACAAGCUUGUGAAGAACAGCGCGUACUACAGCCGCUUCCAGACCAAGUACAAGCGCAGAAGAGAGGGAAAGACCGACUACUAUGCUCGCAAGCGCCUGAUCACCCAAGCCAAGAACAAGUACAACGCCCCCAAGUACAGACUCGUUGUCCGCUUCUCCAACCGCGACAUCAUCACCCAGAUCGUCACCUCUGAGAUCACCGGUGACAAGAUCUUCGCUGCCGCCUACUCCCACGAGCUCCGCGCCUAUGGCAUCGAGCACGGUCUUACCAACUGGGCCGCUGCCUACGCCACUGGUCUCCUCCUCGCCCGCCGCGUCUUGAAGAAGCUCGGCCUCGAUGAGCAGUUCGCCGGUGUUGAGGAGGCCGAUGGUGAGUACACUCUCACCGAGGCCACCGAGACCGACGAUGGUGAGCGCCGCCCCUUCAAGGCCUUCCUUGAUGUCGGUCUCUCCCGCACCUCCACCGGUGCCCGUGUCUUCGGUGUCAUGAAGGGUGCCUCCGACGGUGGUAUCCUCGUCCCCCACUCCGAGAACCGCUUCCCCGGUUUCGACAUGGAGUCCGAGGAGCUCGAUGCCGAGACCCUCAAGAAGUACAUCUUCGGCGGUCACGUCGCUGAGUACAUGGAGACCCUCGCCGACGACGAUGAGGAGCGCUACAAGGGUCAGUUCGUCAAGUACAUCGAGGACGACCUUGAGGCCGACUCCCUCGAGGACCUCUAUGCCGAGGCCCACAAGGCUAUCCGCGAGGACCCCUUCAAGAAGUACGAGUCCGACGCGCCCAAGAAGACCAAGGAGGAGUGGAAGGCCGAGUCCAAGAAGUACCGCCAGUCCAAGCUCACCCACGAGCAGCGCAAGGCUGGUGUCCAGGAGCGCAUUGCCGCCCUUCUUCAGGAAUAA